AUGUCCCGAUUCCUCCGUCCCGCAGCCCGCCUGGCGGCCUCUUCCAGAGCUGCCGUCUUCCGCUCCUCUCCUGUUUCUCAGUUCGUCAGCCGACCCGCUGCCUUCGCUGUGCAGUCAAGGACGUACGCCGAUGCCAAGGGUACCAAGGACUACACAGUCCGUGAGGCUCUCAACGAGGCCCUCGCCGAGGAGCUCGAGGCCAACGAGAAGGUCUUCGUUCUGGGCGAGGAGGUAGCCCAGUACAACGGCGCGUACAAGGUCACAAAGGGUCUACUGGACCGCUUCGGCGACAAGCGCGUCAUCGACACACCCAUCACCGAGAGCGGUUUCUGCGGUCUUGCUGUUGGCGCUGCCUUGAGCGGACUGCACCCUGUGUGCGAGUUCAUGACCUUCAACUUCGCCAUGCAAGCCAUCGACCAAAUCGUCAACUCAGCCGCCAAGACUUUGUAUAUGUCUGGUGGUAUCCAACCUUGCAACAUCACCUUCCGCGGCCCCAACGGCUUUGCCGCCGGUGUUGGUGCCCAGCACUCCCAGGACUACUCAGCGUGGUACGGCAGCAUUCCCGGUCUCAAGGUCGUCGCCCCUUGGAGCGCCGAGGACGCCAAGGGUCUUUUGAAGGCUGCCAUUCGCGAUCCCAAUCCUGUCGUUGUUCUCGAGAACGAGCUCAUGUACGGCCAGACCUUCGCUAUGUCGGAGGCUGCUCAGAAGGACGACUUUGUCCUCCCCUUCGGCAAGGCCAAGGUUGAGCGUACCGGCAAGGACUUGACUAUUGUUACCUUGUCCCGCUGCGUUGGACAGUCCUUGGUUGCUGCGGAGAACCUGAAGAAGAACUACGGUGUCGAUGUCGAGGUCAUCAACCUGCGCUCCGUGAAGCCUUUGGACGUUGAGGCCAUUGUCAAGUCUGUCAAGAAGACCCACCGCCUUCUUUCCGUCGAGUCUGGCUUCCCCGCCUACGGCGUUGGCUCCGAGAUCCUGGCUCUGACCAUGGAGUACGCCUUCGACUACCUCGACGCGCCUGCACAGAGAGUCACAGGUGCCGAUGUUCCUACCCCAUACGCUCAGGGACUCGAAGAGAUGAGCUUCCCCACUGAGAAGAUCAUUGAGAACUAUGUUGCCAAGAUGCUGCGUCUGUAA